UGUCGGUCAGCAGAGCUGCCAGGUGCGCUGUGGCACUCAUCUCCUCUCUCUGAGGUCCUCUGGCACCUUCGCCCAUCCCACGCAGUCAACUUCCGUUGAAAUCAUCAGUAAACCACCACAACAACAGACAGCUGAUGGCCAAGAUGGCGACUGGGUAUGCAGGAGAGGCCACCUUGGACCCGAAAGAAACGGGGGACCAGAUCAAGGCUAUUUUACGGCGUUGUAGAGGUCGGCCCAGGCUUACCGACUCCGACCGAGCGCAGAGGCGACUGGAGUCAAGGAAAAAGUACGACGUGCGGCGAGUAUACCUUGGAGAGUCACACAAGGUUUGGAGUGAGCUGCGCCGGCAAACUACCUUGAGCGAUGCUGGUUUAGCAGAGUAUUUGAUUCUGUUGAAUUCUGCAUAUGGAGAGAGAUAUCAGCAGCGAUAUGGCGGGAAGAAGACCAUUCCAGAACUGUGUGGCAAUCAGAGAAAGAGCAAGAAGACCCCUGUUACCAGCUUGCAGGCAUUAGUUGGCUGGUACCAGGAGCACUCACAGACCUGUCCACAUGAGCCCCAGCUGAAAGCGCUCGAGCCAGUCCUAGGCCUGUCCACCUCUGUGCUGUGGCAGUGUGAUGCAGCACACUCGUUUGUGCAGCACCUGUCCUGGCCAGCUGGGGGUGGCAGCGAGUCUGAGGCGGAGGAAGAGGCCGAGACCGAAGGAGAGGCUGAGAGGGAGACCAGGGUCGAGAUGAUAUCGGGGGCCAACACUCGGGGAAGACGGAAAGCACGCAAAGAGGAGCUGAGCGACUCCAGCAUAGCCAACACUGAUGUCUCCCAGGCCGCUCACGUGACUGUGAGCCACGAGGACCAGAUCACCGCCCUCACCCAACUUACAGCGUCCUCCAGUGUUGCGCAUGAUUGCACAUCGGGCACUGAGUGCCCAGCAGAGAGCCAGUCUGUCUGGGAGAUGGAGGUGGUCAUGGAGGGCCAAGCAGCCCAGGCACUUGGCAAGCCUGACCACAAGGGCUCCUGUGUAGAUGCGGGACGGGACCUGGGCCUGUCCGAAGACGGCGUUGGGCAGCUGGGCAUGGCCGCAGUAGGCUUAGGGGCCGAGGCGGUCCCCUCUAGCUAUGAGUGUGUUGUUGUGACACAGGCCCUGAUGGACAGGCCGGUGGUGCAAGAUGGAGAUGGGUCAGGCAAUGCUGGGGCCACCCUGUUGCAGGCGAACCCUGCGGGCACCAUUCCCAUGCAGGGCCAGGCGGGAGAGCUGUUCGAGCCACAGACACUGCAGACUGUUGUUAGCAGCUGUGAACUGCCUGAGCAGAGGGGCACGCUGGAAGCAUCACAGCUCAUAAUCAUCACUGGCCCCAGUUAUGAAGCGCUGACAUCGGAAGGCAUCCAGCUCAACAUGGGCUCUAGUGACGGGGAGGAGGUCACCUGCACCGUUAUAGAGGGCAUGGCCUACAACCAGAUGUGUCAGGCAGAGGCAGGCCUCAGGGGGCCCAUUACUGACUCAGCGGAGGCCGUCACAGUUGUGCCAGAGAGACAGCAGCUCCAGCCUGCGGAGGAGGUGCACAGCCUCCGGACACCCAGCACCAAGGAUCUACAGCGCAGCCUCACAAGCAGGUCCAAAAGGAGGCGGCGAGGUCCUGUCAUAGAGGCUGAUGGGAUGCUAAAGAUGUUCCACUGUCCUUACGAGGGCUGCAGUCAGGUGUAUGUGGCCAUUAGUAGCUUUCAGAACCAUGUUAACCUAGUCCACAGGAAAGGGCGGACAAAGGUGUGCCCCCAUCCUGGCUGUGGGAAGAAGUUCUAUCUCUCCAACCACCUGCAUCGCCACAUGAUUAUCCACUCAGGUGUCCGAGACUUCAUCUGUGAGACAUGUGGCAAGUCCUUUAAGAGGAAGAACCACCUGGAGGUGCACCGGCGCACACACACAGGAGAGACCCCACUUCAGUGUGAGAUCUGUGGGUACCAGUGCCGGCAGCGCGCCUCCCUCAACUGGCACAUGAAGAAGCACACGCCGGAGGCCCACUACAACUUCACGUGCGAGCACUGCGGGAAGCGCUUUGAGAAGCUGGACAGCGUCAAGUUCCACAAGCUCAAGAGCCACCCGGAGAAGCAGGCUGUGUGAGGAGAACAACCAAAAAAAAAAGCACUAAAGGGGCACUACAGGUGCCGUGAGAAUGAGCAGAGUGGUGGACCGAUAGAAAUGAAGGAUGGAUUGGGGGAAAAAAAGAAUGAGGGCAAAAACUGUCCACAGAGGGUCAAAAGUGCAAUAUGGAAUUCUAGAGGUGACUGAGAUGAAUCUGGGGAAUGGAGGGUGUGAAGGGACAAAAAACCUUCCAGAGAGCGUCUGGUCUCUGUGACAACAAGCGGCUACAGGACUGUGGUUUGCCCAGACUGUGCUGUAUAUGGCCUGCAUUGGGUCAUGCAGGCUACAGGACUGUGGUUUGCCCAGACUGUGCUGCUAGGGCUUUUGGCUUGAUCCACGGGGCUUCUCUCAGAGGAGAAUAUCUGCAUUUCCUGUUUGACAGCAUCCAAUAAGAGGGGACAGAAGAUCACUGAUACACUUGAGACGUGCUUAUGUGAUGAUUUUCUGCAUUUCAACAUCCUUACUUCACUCCAUCUUAUUAGUCACAUGUACAACAAUGGACAAUAAGGUACAGAUGCAUCAGAGGCCCCUCCAGUAAGGCACACAGCUCUGAUUGGUGCCCUUUUUAUAGAACUAAACGUGGUUUCUUCAGAGAUACAGUUCAAAGUCAAAGACUUUCCUCUGAUGGGCUUUAUCAAAAAAAGCAGGGGCACAAAAAUGAAUGGACAUCUCAGUAUAAACCCUCUCCUAUGAAGCCUGUGGAAGCUGGACGUGCUGCCUAUACUCUCAGGAAAUGUAAGCCAAACACGUGUUGGUUUGUGAAUUAGUGUUUGUGACUGCCCUACCCCAUGUCCCUUCACUCCCAACUGUCUACAGUGGUCUAGAGUGUGACUUGCCGUAGCAGUUUCACCUUCUUGAUCAAAGAACAAACUGUUAUAAUUUAUAUAUUUUUUCUUUCCUUGGUUCUCUACUUGUAUCAUAGAAAUUGAAUAAAUCUGUAAGAUAUGUGAAUAUAAUGUGAAUAGAGAAUGUACAGGUACCCCCAAAAGAGAAUUGUUUUGGAUAAAUAAACAAGACACUGUAUGGAAA